CGUGCUGCAAAGUCCUGUCAUAGGAGCGCAGUGGGCGACAAUGUCACAUAUUUGUGUUACACCGAAUUGUGGAAAAUCAGCCACUUUGCGCUGUCCCACUUGCAUCCAACUAGGGAUUACUGGCUCCUAUUUCUGUACUAAAGAAUGCUUCAAGAAGUAUUGGAAAACUCAUAAAAACCUGCACCUUCUUGCAGGUUUGUUUCCUUUUCAUGUUUUAUGCGUAUUCAUAGAGGGGAAGUGUAUGUUUCCUACCUCAGAAUUGGACAGCAUCUUCGAUGGCUACCAUUUUACCGGUCCACUUAGACCAGCUAAGAAAACUCCAUUUAGGACCGUUCCUGAGCAUAUUCCACGUCCUGAUUAUGCAGACACUGGAAUUCCGGUAUCGGAACGUGAGGCCAAGAGUUCCCACUCAAUUAUUGCACUCAACGAGGAGGAAAUUGAGGGAAUGCGCCUGACCGGAAGAUUGGCUCGUGAAGUUCUUGAUGAGUCAAUUGCAGCGGUUGAGGUCGGUGUUACAACCGAUGAGAUCGAUCAAAUUGUUCACGAGGCUUGCAUAGAUCGGGAGUGCUACCCGUCGCCUCUCAACUAUUUUAACUUUCCCAAGUCCUGUUGCACGUCGGUAAACGAGGUCAUUUGUCAUGGUAUUCCUGAUCAGCGGCCGCUUGCAGAUGGUGACAUUCUUAACAGUGAGUCCUUCAAUUCCUUCUACUUCAUCGCACUUUAA